AUGAAUACAGAAUAAUAAGAGUGUAUGCCUAUCAAAAAAUUUCUCCUAAAAAAAUAGAUUUCAGAAAGAUUAUUUAAUUCUCAUAUACAUUCUCCUUAGCAUGACUAAUAAAGAGGUUCUCCUUAACAUUAGAGAAAAAUAAUAUUUCCAUAAAUCUAGGUACCUUAAGAAAAUACAGAUUAAAAACAUUUGAUUAGUCCAAAAUAUCAAUAAUCAGUAGAGAAAAUGGAAUAUAUAAAAUUGCCUGAGAUUGAUGAAAAGUUUUAUAUCAAAAGGUCAAUAUAGUAGGAACUAUGUUUUAAUGUUAAAAUGUAACAUUCAUCGAGGAAAAACUCAACAGAGAACAAUGAAAUAGUAGAUAAUGAUUAAUUUAUCUUACCUCAUCAUUAAAAUAAUAAAAAAGUUGAAUUUUAACAAGAUGUUUUAGUCUAUGAUUACAUAAAUUAAACUUAUAAGAAAAGUAAUAUAGACGGUUCAUAAAAACCAUUAUUUAGAAGAUAAAAGACAAAAAAUUUAAGUGAUGAUCUUCGAUUAUAUAAUGACAACUUUAAAUAUAAUGGAAAAUCUUAAUUUUUUGAGAUAAGCACAAAAGAAAAACAUAAUUAAAAACAUUUUAUAAUAGAUACUUUAUAAAUGGAAAAUGAGAACCAAAUUAAUAAGGAAUGA